GCAUGGGAGACAAGAAGAGUCCGACCAGGCCGAAAAGACAAGCAAAACCAACGUCAGAUGACGGUUUUUGGGACUGUAGUGUCUGCACGUUCAGGAACAGUGCUGAAGCGUUCAAAUGCAGCAUCUGCGAUGUACGGAAGGGCACAUCCACAAGGAAACCCAGGAUAAACUCUCAGCUGGUGGCCCAGCAGGUGGCUCAGCAGUAUGCCACCCCCCCACCCCCAAAGAAAGAAAAGAAGGAGAAGCCCGAGAGGCCGGAGAAGGACCACAACGACGGCGACCGCUCCGAGAGAAUCAGACCCGACAGCGAGCCUCAGGACAAGGACAAGAAAGAGAAAGAGCAGCCCGAGAAAGACAAGAAGGACAGAGAGAAGGACAUCACCCCAGCCAUCACCAAGAAGCCCAACAGCAAAAAGACCAGACCCAAGUCAGACAACCAUCAGAGCCCCCCCAGUGAAAGGAACAGCAUACAGUCUGGAAAAUCAGCAAUCAAGACCAAUAACUCCCACAUCUCAAGACCUAAGCUGAAGAACAUCGACCGCAGCACCGCUCAGCAGCUGGCCAUCACGGUGGGCAAUGUCACGGUCAUCAUAACAGACUUUAAGGAGAAGACUCGCUCCUCCUCCACCUCCUCAUCCACCGUCACCUCCAGCGCAGGCUCAGAGCAGCAACACCAGAGCUCCGGAUCAGAGAGCAUGGACAAGGGCUCGUCCCGUGCCUCCACCCCGAAAGGAGAUCUCUCGGUGGGGCACGACGAGUCAUUUUGAGCACCCCAUUUUCACCCCCGGACACUUCCGUGGAGACGCUCGGGGAGAGCAGUUAACAUCUUCGCCCCGCUCCUUGCCCUGUAAUUUCACCCCCCCUCGUUCCUGAAUGCUGAGAGCACUACCUCCUCAUGGAGCUUAUUCACAUUGGAAGAUGGAGCUUAUCUUGUGUGAGUAGUGGCGAAGUGUCACAGAGGACCUGACAAACGGAUACACGACCACACAGCAGCGGGGCUAA